GCAUCCCAAACUUCAGCAAGUGGUUUCAGACCAGCACGAGCUCUGAGAGGAGGAGGAGUGAAACCAGAGAGAAGAUAUCAUGAACAAAGUCAUUAUUUCCACCAAAGCCUUUAAGGAAUUACACUUUGCCUGGCACUGAACACAGCAGAGACAACAGAGCUGUGAACAUAAGAGAGCAUUCACUAAACAAGAACACUCUGGAAGUUUACUCUGAGCGGAAUUGCCAUUGAUCCCACAAAACAAUUCCACUCUUCCUCCUUCUGCUUCCCAGCAAAAAAUAGAGCACCAGGGAUGUAAGGAGAAAGAGGGGGAGGUGGGGGGAGGAAGAGGAGGAGGAGAGACAGAAGGGAGGGCUGUGAGGAGGGGGAGGGGGGGACUCUUGUGAUGCCCCUGCUUUUCUUCUCGUGCCCAGUUUGGUGUUGGGACAACACUGAGCUCAGAUGUCGUAAUUGAGAGGUAGUUCCUGCCGAUGUACAAAAGAAGAAAGUAGUCCACCCAUCACACUGAGCCUCUAGUCGUGUGUUCAUCUGUGCAUCUACACCUGCCCUUUGUCCAAAGGAAGACUCGUCUCACCAGAGCUCGGACAAAGAGCCUCUACUUCUCAAGCAGCCUCCCAGACAACUAUCCUCAAACAGAACAGCAGUGACUUCACCUCUUCACCUAUACUGCACCCUCUUUUCGCCCUUUCUCUCCUCCCUCUCCAAUCUUUGUGUCUCAGGUGUGUGUUCGGCCAGUGAGCAGUGAUGGGCGACUGGAGUCUCCUGGGGAAUUUCCUAGAGGAGGUCCAGGAACACUCCACCUCAGUCGGGAAGGUGUGGCUCACCAUCCUCUUCAUCUUCCGCAUCCUGGUGCUAGGCACAGCAGCCGAGUCCUCCUGGGGCGAUGAGCAGAGCGAUUUCCUGUGUGACACUCAGCAGCCCGGUUGCACCAACGUGUGUUAUGACAGCGCCUUCCCCAUCGCCCACAUCCGCUACUGGGUGCUGCAGAUUGUUUUUGUCUCCACACCGUCCCUGAUCUACAUGGGCCAUGCCAUGCACACGGUGCGCAGGGAGGAGAAGCAGCGGAGGAGGGAGCAAGAGGAGAGGGAGGCAAGAGGUGAGGGAGGGGGAGACCUGGAAGGGGAGAAGGAGUACCUCCAGCAGAAGGAGAGCAGGAAGGAGAUGGGAUCUGGAUGUGACGGAACUGGCCGUGUUCGCCUGAAAGGGGCACUGCUGCAGACUUACAUCCUGAGCAUUUUGAUCCGUACAGUGAUGGAGGUGACAUUCAUCGUGGUGCAGUACCUCAUCUAUGGGGUGUUCCUGAAAGCGAUGUACCUGUGCAAAGCAUGGCCCUGCCCCAACCCAGUCAACUGCUACAUGUCCAGACCCACAGAGAAGAAUGUCUUCAUAAUCUUCAUGCUGGUGGUGGCUGGUGUGUCUCUUCUGCUCUCUGUGUUGGAGCUCUACCAUCUCGGCUGGAAGAGCAUCAGAAGGUGCGUACGCAACAAAGUGAUGCAGAAGAACAACCACAGGGCUGUGACGGUGGCCGUGUCUGCAGCCUUGGAACCCAACAGCCCACCACGGCCCUCAUCUGCCUGCACCCCACCUCCCGACUUCAGCCAAUGCCUGGCAGCCCCGAGCUCCAUGAACCCCAUGACCUCCAUGGCCUCUCACCCCUUCAACACCAGGAUGGCGCUCCAGCAGAACUCGGCCAACUUGGCUACCGAGCGGCACCACAGCUGCGACAACCUGGAGGAUGAGGAAGACUUCCUGAGGAUGAGAUACGACCAGGCACCUACAGAGCUGCCCAACAGCUGCUCCCCAUCGCCUCUGCUGCAUUCUGGCUACAUGAGGGACAAACGCCGCCUGAGCAAGACCAGUGGGACCAGCAGCCGCGCUCGCCAAGAUGACCUGGCAGUAUAGGCUCACAGCCAGAGCGAGUGGCUGACGAAGGGGGAGAGGACGGAGGGCUGGACCUUCAGAACCAAAGAGAAAUGACAGGAGGAUCAGUUUAGCAAGACACAAACAUGACAUCAAGUGUUAUUUCUGAGUGAAGAUUUCAGAGCGUGAGCAAAGGCUAACUAUGCAAACUCUGGAAUUUAGGCCCUACACUUGAUGAUAGAAGAUGGAGUAAAUGUCCACAUUAAAAAGAUACAUUGAGAUCUGUGAGUGGACCAUGUAAACUUGACGUGAUGAGCUCUGUGAGCAAAUAUUCUGCCCUAGAGCUUGAAAAACUGACAAACAAACUGCAAAAAGAAAAUAAUUGUGAAAUGAGAACAGGGUAACAGGUGUGAUACCUGAGAAUUGCACAUUUUGUGUUUUACUUAAACAGUUUAAGCCAAAAACUAGCUGAGGGAAAGAGACAAGAAUGACAUGAUACAUGGCUCCUGGCGUGAGCUGACUAUUAAAGGAAUUAUUUGUUUUAAGGCAAAUUAAUACACACAUCUCAACUAUUCAGUUAAUUAUAGAUUAGCCUGUGAUUCUCAAUAGCACAGCCAGGAGUGUUUUUUUCCUCCAACUGCAAAAAUAGAUGCAAAGAGAUGCAAUAACAGAAAAUGGGAACUUAAUAUACAAUAAACUGUGAAACUUGCUGCAUAUUUGAAAUGAAUUAAGAUAAAGUGCCUUAUCAAGUGUAAGCAAACCCUGACAAAUUCCUCAUAACACAUUUUCAUAUUUUUUCCAAAGCCAUGGUAAAGCUGUAACUUUCAAUUAAGCCACUUGUUGACUUGCUAACCUGAUUGCACUAUACAUUACUGUAGGUCACAGACAUAAAAUGCAACAAAAGAAUAAUAACUUUAAAUCUUUAAAAGUGUAAGUAAAACUUUAUCCAUUACUUCUAUAUUUGACAGGAGCCUUGGUGUGCAGAAAGUGGUGAGAGAAUGUAUCCUGUUUGAGGCUUUUUUUAUUGAAAAGGAAAAGACAAAGUUCUGAUUGGAAGGUGGUUAUGAGGAGAUCCAGCCACUCGGUGGCAACAUUGCACUUAUGCUUUUCAGUUUUUCGCCUGGAGCCAUUGUGUAAAUACUGAAUUUGUCCCUAUGCAAUGUACGUUUUAGUCUAUGUCUCUGAAUGUAUUUUAUUUCAUUUCUUUUGUCUGUUCUUAUCAUAGGCAGAAAGAUUUUUAAAAAGUUUGUGAAUGGACAUCCUUGCAAAUGGAGGUUUGAAGUUUUAUCAUACAUAUCUAUACAGCAAACAUUCUUUUUAGAAAACAGAAAUCUUACUCAGCCUUCUGUACAUUCACUGCAGUUUGGUGGUUCUUUCACACAGAACUUUAUGCAAUAAAUGUCAUCACCAACCCAUCACUUACCAAUAAAUCAUCAUCAUGUACA